CGAGUGAUCUAUCCCCUCGACGAGUGGGAAAUUCUUCGCGAGCAAAUAGAAUAUGAAGAGGAACUGGGCCGAGGAGCGUUUGGCGUGGUUUACAAAGCAAUCCUUAGAGAAAGGAUUGGGAUAGAGGUGUUUAACACGGAGGUUUCAAAACGGACUUUGCUAUCCAGCAAGAAGGAGCCUAAGGUGGUCGCUGUAAAGGUCUUACAUGGUAAGAUAAGUAAUGGUAAUAGGACUAAGUGGGGUCCAAUUCGGUCUAGUCAUACGAGUGGUAAAACAAAAUCGGAUGACCGUGUGGCGAGAGUCUUAUUUGUUUCAUCACGGUGAUUACAGAUCGACUUGGACGACACGAAGUUGUUACCAACCAAUCAUAACUACAACAAAAUUUGUGAUCUUUUACUGCGCGUUUCACAAACAUGCGAACUCUUUAGUUCAUAAGCCGCCUUCAUAAUUACGUUUUUUGCUGCCGUCAAUCAUAAUUACGAUCACAAGCAACGAACCUUGAAGCACAGAAACACACAAAAUGGAUCGAAAUCCACCAAUCACAAAUCACAAAUCAUGACCUUUUGAACCCGUUAAAGUAAAGUUUUGUUUCCUAAGAGGUCCGUUAAGGUGACUGACGGUAGCGAAAAACGCAAUCGUCAGUUGGCUUUUGAACUUCACAAUUAUUAAUUCGCAUGUUUGUGAAAAGCGCAGUGAGCCUUUUUAAAAUUAGAACACAAGAUAUUCUGACAGUUUUUUGCUAGCAAUGAAAAUGCGUCCUAUCCAAUUACUUAUAGGGCGCUUUCCAUUCAACCCAAAAUUCCGGAAAUGUCGGUUGGUUCCGACCAGAAUAUUCGGGACCAGCUUUGAAGGUGAUCCACUUUGACCGGUCUGGUCAUUUCGGUCGGAAUUUUCCACUUUUUCCAGGAAUUUUCCAGUGGGACGAAUCGACGAAACGUGUUCCAUUUACUACCGAACCGGAAAUUCCGGAAAUUUUGACUAAACGGGAAAGCGCCCUUUGUCAAAAUUGUUGUCCCCAGUGCCGCUCUUUUGUAUCCUGCUUACAGGAACAAUAACCAAACACACGGUGGCUUAUAUCGGGUCUGUACAACCGGAAUGUACCGUUCCAAUGGGCACGUAGACUACGAGUAGUCCCCCAUUUUUCCUCAGGGAUAGUAGAGCCUGCGAAACGCGAGCGCGCGUGAAAAUCACCCCACGCGAGAAAAGGCAACACGCGGCGGGGAGAGAGAAAUAUGAGGGACUACAGACAAAGCCCAAGCUUUUGACCCUUCACGGCCGACUGAUUUUGGAGUGUGAAGUUCGUAUCCCCUUCCAAAUCAAUUAAGCACAUCCAAUGGGAUUCCUUCCCUUAUUGAGCUGUCAUUGCUCUUGUCAUCGGUAAACUGCAGGGGAUAUUUAUUGCAAGCAAAAGAAAACCCAGAUACUAAUUUUCUUCACGGCUGUUUCGCGUGAAGAACUUGAUAGUGUAGGCAACACACGACUUUUACUCAUGCCAAAAUGCUGCUUGUUCCAAUAAAUUUUUUUUCUCUGACGGGUAGAUUAUGCUCUGGAGGAAAACGUUUUGACUGAGCAAAUGUGAUUUUUGCCGCUUAUUUCAUACUGAGAGGUCGUGACACGCAUAUUAAUUUUCUGCGGUUAUUGUUUAUGGUCCGCAUGAUUUGCCCUCUGAUGCAAGAGAAUUUUCUUUGAUCUCCUUUGAAAAGUAAAGCUCUUCAAUGCGGCUCAAUAAGGGUUUUGGGUCGUGUAAUUUCUCCGGCGAUUGCCUCCUGGAUCUGAAUAAUUUUAAGCCAUUUUCUUUUUGGCCGUGAAUGUGACGGUUUCCUGCAAUGUUUUGUCACGGUGAGCCCAGCUCGUUAGGAUAUCCAAAUCUCGAAGAAUGGAUUUCAGCUUAAACUAAAACUACGUUAACUGUGGAGAACUGCGAUGUGACUCAGUCAUGACUGCUCAUGAAUUUUAACUGCCGCUUGCUUUUCUGGAGAUAAUGUGAGUCUUUGGACUGGAGCACGUAGUUCCUCCCUUGGUGAAAACUUUUGAAUUAACUUAACAGCCUUGAGACUGCUCUGUUAUUCUCUCGGUAUUCUCACUUUGUGAUCAGGCAAGACCAUGGUUUCGGUUCUCCACGCGAACCUCAUCAGUUGCCGGGUUGGCUUUUUGCUUAGUUGCUUCUACAAGAGCAACUCUACUUAUUUGUUCUGUGCUGUUAUUUGUUCUGCUCUAUUUAUUUGUUCUGUAAAUUGUGAUUAUGUCGAGUGUUGAUAGCGGCUGGCGCGUUUUUGACAGAUGUUGACAGAUUUCCAUGGAAGAGCUAAUCAGAGUUUUGCGUUGUGAGAGCAACGCAUUAGUUCAAAAGCUUUGGCUUUGUCUGUAGUCCCUCAUUUUUCUCUCUCCCCGCCGCGUGUCGCCUUUUCUCGCGUGGGGUGAUUUUCACGCGCGCUCGCGUUUCGCUCGCUCUACUGUCCUUGAGGAAAAAUGGGGGACUACUCGUAGUCUAAUGGGCACGUGGAAUUUCCGAAAUUUCAAACCAUGUUUUUUUUAAUAGCAUGACGUCCCUAAAAUUUAAACUAAAAAACUAUCGAUCCUACCGAGAUUUUUUUUUCACGAUGCAUUAGAGCAGCUAAAAACUAAUUUUCAGACAAGUUUUCGCUUCAAAAGGGUUCUUGGUUUUGUUAUAGAGUACGCUUGAUUUUCUAAGCUUUUUGCAUGCGUGACGCGGCAUUUACAUGACGGCCAAGACAGCUGUCAUGCAGGUUAAAAAAAUGACUUAUUUCAGGACAUUUUGCUAUCUAAACAGUUCAUGUAUUAGAAAAAGUAUUACUUUAAUGUUUAUGAGUUUCUCGAAGGAUAAUUCACACUUUUGUUGCAAAACUCGGCAACAGAUGUUACUGUGGGUUUCCGUCCGCCAUGUUGGAGCUCACCAGCAUGGCUUCUCCAUACAAGGUUCUAUAAGUUUGGGUAAAACAUUUCUUCGGAUAUCUUGUAUACGAAAUAUUCCUCUGACCUGAAUCUUGGCGAGGGUCUUUGUAUAUGUACCUCCUUUCAUUUUCCAGAUUCUGGACUUUAUCAGGCUAUCGAACGGUUUUGAUUUUUAUUUUGAUCUAUUUUGAAUGGCCUGACACUGAAAACCAGCAAUUAAUGCUUAAAUGAAGACGGCAGAUACCCAGUCUGAUUUGAGCAUUUUAAUAUUUAGUGGAGGAGGCGGCUCAGUUAGCUAAUGUAAUUGUUUUACUAUCUAUUAAAACAUCUUCAUUUCCAAUAAGACGUGUAUAUAUAUGUUUGCCUCGACUUAUACAUCUGUUUAUACUGACAGACAUUCUUCGAAAAGAAUUGGUUAUCCGUUGAGAAGCAUUUUUGUCGUUAAGGCAGUAGUUGGCAUAACAUGUGAAAUCUAGGCCACUUUCGAUAUUCUUAAAAUUCAGCAUGAUAGCGAGUCUCAGAGGACACAAACAAAGAAAAAGGAAUAAACCAUGAUUAUUCAUGUUUUUUCAUCAGAAUUUUAAUAUUAAUAUCGAAAGUGGCCUAUUUCUCCAGGGCCCAGUUGUUCGAAGGCCGAUUAGCGCUUAAUCCGGGGUUAACUUUAACCCGGGUUUCUUUUUCUUGUGUUCAAAAGCAUUUUCUCGGAUAGUUUUCUCGGUUAUUUUUAGAGAUUCCAAUCAUCAACUUGUAGACAAAAAGAAUUAAAACUGAAAUGCUUUUUAAGCUUUCAAAUCUGUAUUCAAAUCUUGCACUAACCCUGGGUUAUCUUAACACAGCUUUGAACAACUCGGCCCAGAUCUGCUAAGUUAAAAAACCGUUUAAAACUACAAUAAAAAUUACGUCCAAGGCUUUCCUAAAUAAAACUUUAGGAUUAAUGUUUCUUAAACUUAAUGGCAGUGAAUCGAGGCACCUAAAAAGUUAAAACUACGGCGAGCAAACUCCAGUUUCAACUUGGGCAGUUUUGCUGCCUUCCCAUUUUUUCUAGUGUUUAAAGACUUAUGGUGAAAUCGUUAAAAAUAGUUCCUAAAUGGGAAACAUGCAGUUCCAUUCUGAGGAGGCAGUCAAAUACAAAACAGUAAAACGUAUUUGUCAAUUAUUAAAAAUCGAAGAUCGCAGUUCUUCCGACUGCAUUUCGGAGAAAUGAUUUCGAGGCUCCGUUGUUGGUUUUGUGUAAAAUGCCAUUUCCCCAUAAGUAUUCUCUUCAGGCUAGGUAAAGCCGGGUGGCUGUGUAGCAAAAGGCAGACGUUUUUUUACGUGCGGAUUUGUUUCUCUGUUGUAGGGCUGUUUUCUUGUCGGCAAAUUUUACCUCAGUGGGGUACUUUCUAAAAAUAGUGGCAGGGUAGCCUCUUCCUAAUAUAACAGGCUAAAAUGAAAACGAAAUAUGAGAAAAAUUGUGGGGAACGGUGAGGAAUAUUUUUGGGGAAAAAGAGAACAUGGAGCACAAUUUCUGGGAACUUGGGAACUCUGUAAACGUGAAUUUCGGGGAACAUCUUAAUUUAGUUUUGAGGAAGAAGGGAACAACUGUAAAUUUUCAUAGGGAACAAGGGAACAUGCACCAAGCCCCCCCUCGGGAGGCCCUCUACAUCCGCCAGGAUACAAGAGAACUACUCAAUUUCUUAAAGACUAAUCCUCAUUUCUAAGUCAAAGCCCAGGACAAAGUUGUUACUGAUUACGGUUAAACGAGCUAUAGCCACGCAGUUUCUAAACAAUCUUAUCAUAAUUUACGUUCUUGGCUUGGAAAAGGUUCAUUUAAUCACAAGAUGAACAAUCAUGACUCCACCCUUCACAUUGCUUCAACUGUGCAUGGCUAUAUUAAGUCACAACUAGACGUCGAAUUAAACAACAAGGACCGCUAACGUAUUCGAAAAUGUUUAGAUAAUCCUAGUGCGGAGCAGAAAGAAGAGUUCAAGUUUGAGAUCGAGCAGAUGAAGCUGUUGGGAUCACAUCCGAAUGUCGUUUCCUUGGUUGGAUGCUGCACGCUUCAGGAUGAGAAGUUUCUAGUGAUCGAGUAUGUUCCGUUUGGAGACCUGCUAACGUGGCUACGUUCUGAAAGGAAAAGGGUAAGGAAAUGAGAAAAAAAAUCAAUUUACUUUAAACAAGCGACACUGAGAAGAAAGCAAAACGAAUGAGUAAAUAAAUCAAGUGUUAAAUGUAGAUUACCACAUUUCGGCACUUAAACAAAGAAAAAAACAACAAAAAACACACAUACAUAGUUGCAUACAAAACGUAAUUUCCAAAAAUGGGUUUCUAGCUUCAAGUUUUCGUUUCUGAACGUUUUGGAGCUAUAAUGAGGGACAUUCUUGAAGUGUUGAGAUACUUUUAUAAAAUGGCUCUUUUUUGCAUAGCGGACAAUCUCCAGUACCCCAACCCUCCCCCAAUGCUGUAUUUUAAACCCUCAAAUCUUUCUCCAACUUUGGACAACAGUACAUACACGCAUACAUUUAUUCAUGACACAUCCCAUCUGGGGCUCUUCAGUGAUCAAAUAGGAUUACAAACUUAUAAAUUUACAGGAUUACUUAUAAAUCGAGCGACGAUCUACAUUUAUAAGAUGAAUGAAUGAAUGAAACAGUUGAAAAAAACGCCCGUUUUAGACUAGUGUGUCAGAUACUUUUGUCACCGAUUGUACUAAGGUCAAUAAGCUUGGACACAUUUAUGUACAUUUGUUGCCAUGAGAACAGGAUUUGACGCUACAGUUAGCAUGAGUGCAGGUAAUUGAAAACCACAACAGCGAGAUGUACUCAUUUUUUGAUGUGGGUGAAUUUUUAGGUCUACAUUCACCAAGCCUCCAAGAAAAUAUACGACAACAAAGAAGAUUUGAAAGAUGAAGGGGACGCCAAACAUCAGGUAGGUGUAAAAUAAUCACAUGCUUUGAUACCACCAAGAAACAUGUCUAAAAGGACAACAAAACGGUUUUUGCGAACAGAUGUGGGCAGUUUUUUGAGUGCCAUAUAAAGAUCAUUUUCGCAUGCAUCUCUACCCCACAGCACCCUUUCUUUUGGCCUUUCUUUCAAUCAUCUAUUUAUGCACAUAUUGUAAGAGCAUAAAAGCCAACGAUUAUGGCAUGACAUUUUCGAGUGCAACAUUAGCCAGGCUAUCAUCAAACCUCAAAUAACAUUCUAUCCAACAAUGCUUUGGAUCGAAACCCACAAACAACCACGGUGGUAAAAAUAGUCCGACUCAGUAAAUCGACACUAUCGCCUGAUGAACUGACCUGUAGUGUGCGGUUGAAACGUCGCGAUCAAAAUCAAAGUGACAAUCGUGACAUACACGAUAAACUAAACCCUUUACGCACAUUAUUCACGAUGAUUAAUAUCUGUCAUGACAUAUUCCUUUCGUUCAGUUUCUUAAUAUUUGACUAUAUCUUUUUUCAUUCUGUACAAUUUAGGAUUUUCACUUGUUCUCACUACUUUGUGACUCUCAAGUCUGAGACUUUCAAAGGUUUACUAGACAAUAAGGGCCAAAUAUUUAAACGAAGUCUAACUUAAGCCACGGUGAAACUGCAAUAAGCGUAGUCUCUUGGCCUUUAAUAACAACACCACAAACCAAAUUCGAAUGAAGAUUUAUUGUAACCGACGAGCUUAAUUGGUACUUGAAAUAAAAUGCGUGGCACAAAGAGUGCGGAUACAAACGGCGUGGGUUGAAACCCAAAACAGUAAAAGAGUAAAAAGGUAUACAAUUUGCGACUAAGGAAAAUCAGAAUGUAUAAAUAACAAAAACCGCAAAAACGAGGACUGUGAAGUACCCUUACAUUAUUUCGGCCAGGGAAAACUGCUGUGAAGCGGACUGCGAAUAACGCGAAGAGACCUGCAAGAACUGUAAACAGAACUGCGCUUAGCGCGGACCAAAAUAAACUGCAUAAACUGUACUGAAAAACUACGACAUGAAAAAUACGCUACAACAUGCGGAAAAUAAAACUAUACAAAACUUAGAAAGUCGCUAAUGAAGAUGAAACAACAAAGAAACGGUAACGAGGGGGCAAAAAAAUGACAGAAAGGAGUAAAAACGAAAAUUUACGAAAAAUAAACUAAACAAAAGGACGAAAAGAAGUAUAAACUAAUUAGCGUACGCAACGGAAAAACAAACGACGCUAUUUAAGGGAAUAAUAGAAAAAAUGUUUCACUUGGAUCUUACACGCGGUUUAACGAAUCUUUGAACCUCCCUGAUCUUCUCUUUGGUGGGUUGAUUUAAGAAGAUAAAUGCUUGUCUAGUCUUCUCUAUAUUCUUUAGGCUUUCAUAGAACUGGUUACAAUAACUGAUGGUUAGAUAACAUGGUUGGGCAAAUUGAAAAUGACUUAGAACGAGGUUUUUUUUUAACAAUGGCUAAACUACGUUUAAAUAUUUGGCCCAAAUUGUAUUGGGUUUCACAAACUUAACUAUGUAACUUGCCUUAACGUACUUUUGAGCAUCUAUGGGAAAAAGCGCUAUUUUAAUAGCGCUUUUUCCCAUAAUAAUGAUAACAAUAAUCGUCAUAAUUUAAAAAUUAUGACGAUUAUUGUUAUCAUUAUCGGCAUUAGUAUUUUUAUUGUUGUUAUUAUUGUUAUUUUUUAUUAAUUUAAAUUAUUUAUUUUUCCAAGCAUACUCGGUGGUUGUAAAAUAAAAAAACAUUAAAAUCUUCUUAAUGAUAUAUGAAAUAAAUCAUAUAUGAACUGCGGAAAUGAAAUGAAGAUGAAGAAAUGAUCGUCGCAGUGAACGCAAUUUGUGCAAUUGCGUAAAGAAGCCUGAAAAAAAAUCAGGACUUCAACGGGGUUUGAACCCGUGACCUCGCAAUACCGGUGCGAUGCUCUAUUAACUGAGCUAUGAAGCCACUGACGUUGGGAGCAGGUCAAUUGUGGGUUCAUAUGUUCCCGUGAGAGAAAUGAGUGUUAAUGAUAUAUGAAAUAAAUCAUAUAUGAACUGCGGAAAUGAAAUGAAGAUGAAGAAAUGAUCGUCGCAGUGAACGAAAUUUAUGCAAUUGCGUAAAGAAGCCUGAAAAAAAAGGACUUCAACGAGGUUUGAACCCGUGACCUCGCGAUACCGGUGCGAUGCUCUACCAACUGAGCUAUGAAGCCACUGACGUUGGGAGCAGGUCAAUUGUGGGUUCAUAUGUUCCCGUAAAAGAACGUCAGUGGCUUCAUAGCUCAGUUGGUGGAGCGUGGCACCGAUAUCGCGAGGUCACGGGUUCAAACCCCGUUGAAGUCCUGAAUUUUUUUCAGGCUUCUUUACGCAAUUGCAUAAAUUGCGUUCACUGCGACGAUCAUUUCUUCAUCUUCAUUACAAUCUUUGUUUAUUUCUCUCUAAGGUGACAGGUAAAGAAGACAAAAAACAAAUUAGCCUGGAAUUCAUAUCGAUAAUACAAGAUGACGAUGAGGAUAAGAUGGUGUGUGAGAAUGUAAAGAAAGAGCAGGUACAAGCAAACAUGGAAAUGAUUCCAUUGUUACAAGAUAACAAUGAGGUCGUCAAAGAGGGCGUGGUGUUGAAUUCUCCGAAUCUCUCUGACGUAAGAAGGAAAUACCAAAAUCGUUAACAUUUUUUAACCUUUUUCUUUUUUAUUUAUUUUAUUAACAAUUUGUUAUAUCACGCACACAAAAAGCAAAAAAACAAAAAACAAUACAAAACAAAUAAAUAAAUGAAUGAAAGAAAGAAAGAAAAAAAUAAGGAAAAGGGAAAGAAAUAGUGCAUAGUGUAAAAAAGUAAUAAAAAGCGGAGUAACAUGCUUUAAGCAUUGUUGACUAACUACCUACAUUUAACAUAGACUGGAAAAGAAUCGGUAAACACUGAAGGAAUAAGCUGCAGGUGUCCGGGGUAAGAGAGCUAGUUUUUUGAUAGGAAGAAAAAGGUAUUUAAAGUAGAAUUUCAUAAGGAAGUCCCACUUUUUUUAGUAGAUCAACGGUUUAAUUCAUAAGAAAGGUUUAGUUGUUUAAAAAAAACCUCCUCUAGAUUUAGUUCCGAUUUCCUCUUUUUACAGAUACAUAUAUAUUAUCUUGCUAAAAAAAAAGUGAAAUUAAUUUGAUGUUGACUUUUUGAAGAGUCAGGCUUAAGACCAGCUGCUACUUACACGUUCGGUUUUAUACCGAGUAGGCAAAACCUCGAAAGAAUGAGUCGUGAUAUUAACUCUCCAAAAACGCAGCUGAAAAAAGGAGACUCUAAUGGCAAAACCAGAAAAGAUACACAAGCCCUUCUUAACCAUCUCUACAGAAACAGCAAUUAGAAUUAUUUUCUAGUCCAAUUUUCGUCCGAACGUCAUUAGUGGCAAUCCUUCUAUAUGGAGAAACUUAAACUGGAACUCCAUCACUCGUGUUCUUUUGGUGUAUUAGGAUGUUAUGGUGACUGCCUUAGACCAUAGGGGUUGAACGCUCAUAAUCUGAAGUUCAUUGAAGUCCAUAAUCCAUUUAUGUUGACUAGUAAACUAGUCGAUUGCUAAGGAAUUUUAUCAUUUUAGAAGAGAAACUAUUAUAAACAGUACUUUUUGUAACACUGUUUCGACAAGUGUUCUAAAGGGCUUUUAUUGAAGUUAUCAGUCCCAAUUACUUGAACGGACAGACUUGGGCUCUUUCUUUUAAGUCUGAAAAUCGUUCCAACUAGAAAAUUAUUCGAUUUAUCUUUUAAGUGUUCAACUUUGGUCACCCCUUUGCCAGGAACCAAUCGGGGCAAAAACUUUGGCGGUCAUUUUAUCCUUAUCAUUGAAUUGUGCCAAAUGUUUUGCUCAACAAAUUGUAUUUCACUUGUCAUUUGGCUGUCGAAACAGAAGGGGGUAACUCUAUUGUUUUCCACCUAAGUGUCUUGAACCACUCUGCUUGCCAGUAUGACGUCACGUAGUAACGAGCAAGAGGCUCGGGUCGCUUGUGCAAAUUAGCAAGGGAUACGACAGUUAUGUGGACGAGCGAGGUCUAGGAAAAGCUAAGAAGCAAGCAAAUAUCGCUAUAUGUCGCUUAUUUGAUCGAAUGUGUGUGAGCUUUGGUGCAUGCUAUAAUCUGCUUGUGUAAACAAUUUUGAUAUUUGUGUCCGUGAUUGUAUAAUUUUGUUAAUUUGUUUGCUGGCCGUGUUGCGGGAUCGCCAUCUAUUUCACGGGACCGACAAGGUCAUCAAAACUUUUUUUUUCUCUAAAAUAGGCAAGGUUUAGUCUCCAGAAUAGGAGGUUCCAUUCACAGAUCACACAUGUCUAUAUCUCAUCUAGAUUCUUUUGCUAAUUAAACGGGCCUAACUUCAUAUCAUUCCUUUCGAGUGUGUGCCUCUGUUGAUCUCCUAAGUCUCCACAAAUUCAGUAAAGCUAGUUCGAUCGAUCAUCUACAUCGAGGUCGGCCCGUUGUACCCGAAAUAAUGCGAAAUAGCUUUGAAAUACGCGCUUAAGCUAAUUUUCCUCAAACGUAUAUUUGAAUUCAUGAUAGAUACAGCUCCACCAGCUUCAAACCGCGUCUAUGGCAGAGAAAAAUUGUUUGGAUAUGACAAAAUUAAUUUUUCAGAUCAUGUGUGUCAUUGUGGUGCAGAGGUCAGGAGUUACUUGCUCCAGCAGAUAAACCGGGUUCGACUCCCGGCGACGCUGUUUUCUGUUUCUUUGUACUUUUUUUUCUGUUUGGUCUCUUUUUUAAACACUAUUUUUCCUUUUGGCCUUUUUUUCUUUAUUCUUACUGCUGAACCCACUGGUCAUGCACUUGGAUCAAUAUAUAUUUUAAGCUCAAGUCCGGAGUUUUAUUUUGGAAAAGGGAUUUCAAAAGCUCUUGAUCUGCAUACUGGCCAAGCUUACGACCAGAAAAAAACCACAAGCUCUCAAGACAUGUCUCUCGUCUGAAACAGCUGAAUUUUUUUCAAUGUUAGUUGACAUCGUGACAAACAACACACAGUACACCACAAAGUGUACUAAUUUACACCCAACACCUACCAGUGGUGACCCACUGGCGAAAGUUAAUAUCCUUUUGUACAUCGUGUUAAUCAUCAGUCUUAUUACCCUUAAAUCUCCACUGGGUUUGCCCCCCAAAAAUAAUUCAACGAAACCUUUUAUUGGGUUUCGGGCUUUAAUUGCAGAAUUACAGGUUUAUGCCCAAUACAGUAUUAAAAUGCGGUAAAGCAACAAGAUUCAAUGCUCACAGUCUCUCACAAAUACCUGUCAUUUAGCUUCCUCUUUCAACGCUACAGGUAAGCGAACUUUGAGAGGAAUGGUAUGGGGUUCCACUAGCUCCGAAGAACUGAAAAUACGCACAAUGUAAAGUAUAAUACAUCCUUUGAUGAACCUCCUAUUGCUGUGUCUAAACUCCUCAAUCUUGCUGUUCACUGGCCCUCAAAAGUGUGACCGGUCGGUAUGAUUGCUCGUAAAAUUUGCUCGACAUUUUGAAAGUCACUGACGCGAGACGUGACGUCAUACUAGCAGGCAGACUGUAUCACAGAUUUUCCUUUGAGACACCUCCCCCACCCCCUCCCCUCUGCUUCUGCCCAAAUAGUAACUACUUCUUUGAUGAAACAUUUUGUUUGAGAAAACGGCUAAUGUACUUUGUUUAUAUAUCAGGGGCCCCCUUCAAUGACCAAAUGUUUUAGAAGCCUGUUUGGUUAAUUUUGAGCUGCCCUAAGAAUGACUGAUUUAUCUGUUAGGAUGUCUCAUAGGGAACUUUGGCCUUUUUUAACUUUUCAACAGAAAAUUCUAGUAGAAAAUUCUAGAGUGGUAUUCCUUCGUUUUUUUUUUUAAAUGAAGGAAGUGAACAAAGCUGAUUUCCUUUGUUUAUACCUUAUACCUCUAAUCUGGUACAUACUGGCUGUAAGUACAUGUCAUCUUACAAUAGCACUAGCCAUGAUUACAACUUUCAAGAGCGCCGCACUACCUUCAAAUUUCUUCGAAACUUCUUCGUUGCGCGUGUCUCGCGUUCUUCACUCGCUUCGCGCUUGCCUUCCUUCACCCGAAAAACGCGAACAAAUAAAGCCUGUACUUUCUCCGGUUAAUCUUGAGGCGUUGAAUUUUAUUUUAUCUGUUUCGUGUAAGGGAUUAAAAGAGUCUAGAAGAGAACCUAUAGACAUGUCAAAUAUCCCACCAGUGGAUAGUCAGCACGCUGCUGCCACGCCCCUACUCCUCGACGAAGAUCCAGAUGACGAGGAGGAAAGCUUUUCUACUCAACAACUGUUUAAAUUUGCUUGGCAAAUAGCAAAGGGAAUGGUAGGUAUUAUUCCUUUCGAUUAGAUUACAACGAUCCAGCUAUUGACUAUCGCACCAGAGAAUGCUAGCGUACUUCGACCUAUGUGAGGUAAUCUGGAUUCCUGAAUCCGAGAAAUUUUUGUUUGUGUUAUCCGGAAUCCUGGGCGUUGGAAUCCGUAAGAAGGUCAAGGAAUCCGGAAUCCCGCUGACGAUUGGAAUCAAGGGCCCGGUUCCUGAAAGGUCAAUCAGAGCUAAUCCAGGAUGAAAAUUUUGUUCACUUAAUUUUUGUAUUCAGUACCUAAUGAUCCUGUGUAUUGCGAAGAGGAACAUUUUGUGUUAUCAUUACUGUAUCUCGAAGUAAGGGCUCAACAGUAUUUUUUAAGCUCGAAUUGCGUGUCCUUAGCUAGAAAAGAAAAUCUUGCUCAAAAAUUGUAUUGAUCCUGGGUUAAACAUAACCAUGUUUCGAGGAACUGGGCCGUGAUGAGCAUGAUCAUGAGCUCUUCCUUCUCUUAAUUUUUUGUCAUGAUCCAGUGGUAAUGGUUUAAUUCUCUUUCUCAAUUUCUGUAAUUAGAAUCAUCUCGCCGAAAAAAGUCUUGUUCAUAGAGACCUUGCAGCUCGCAAUAUCCUCGUUGGAUAUGACAAUCGAGUGAAAGUGUCUGAUUUUGGGUUGAUGCGACAAAUCUAUCAAGAUGUGAAUAACUCAGAAAAAUCCAAGAAACUUCCUGUUAAAUGGAUGGCUCCAGAAUCACUUUACAAUGGCACUUUUACCAUCAAGAGCGACGUGUGAGCAAAAAUUUUCAAUUAAAACAUAGGUGACAUAGAAUGCAUUAGCUUAGAUAGCCUUUUAGUAAUAUUACAGGGAGCUCAGGCUCAUAACAGCCUCCUGAUGAAACCAAAUUAAAAUGAUUAUUUUAAUUAUGGGAGUUUAUUGUAAGUUCGAUUAAACGGUUAAAUGUAUUUAAACAGUCUCAUUGAAGUGUACGAUAGACUCACAAAGAAGUGUCUCUUGUUGUGUUGUUUUCUUGUUACCGUUUCCUGCCCUAAGAAAGUUAGGAAAGUGUAUGGAAACAACACAGAGAACCUUUUCUUUUAUAGAUAUCCGUGAAACCAUGGAUUGACCAUUUUCAUUCUUGGUCUUAACUUACCUGAGUGAUCGUGGUUAACCAUGUUAAUUCAUGCAUGUUUUUCAUUCAAUCCUGCUUCCAAUUCAUGACCACGUUUGGCCAUGUUAAAACAUGACUUUUUAGCGAUGGUGUUCUGUCGUAAUUUGUAAUAAUUUUUGUAAUUUUUAAUAGCUGUCGUAAUUUGUAGUACCACCUGUCCCAAGGUGUAAGAACUUUGUCCUAAUUUGUAACAACACUUUGUCGUAAUUUUUUAUUUUUAGCAAAGCUAAACGUAAUUUGUGAUAACUUUUUCGCGAUUUGAAAUAAUAAGCAUUUUUGAUACUUUUAAAUACAAAGGCUUGUUUUUCGAGUGGUUUAUGAUCGCCAAGGAAACAGUACAAGGUUGAUAAAAAAAACCCGCUCUUCUUUUAGGAACCUGUUAACUUUUUGAAAUAAAAAUUUUGCAUUAAAAAACGAAUAAGGGUAAUCUGAGCAAGCGAUCUCAGACUCCAAUCCCUGCUUAUAUCAGAGAGCAGUUUGACCAUGGUUGACCAUAGCAGUGCAAUUUAACGUUCAUGGUUGACCAUGGUCAAAUAAUGGUUAUAUGAAUGCCACACCAACGGUAGACUAUGGGUGGAAACCGUGUUUAGCCAUGGUAAAACCAUGGUUGAACAUGGUCUAAACAUGGUUCUUUCGCCGGGGUAAAAAAUGAAAUAUGUACACUUUAAUGACUGUUUAUGUGUGUUAAAUCGUUUUAUUGAACUUAAUGACGAUAAAUAUUAAUUCCCAUACAAAUCCUUAAAAUUUGGCUACAAAGUGGCUGUUGUGAGCCUCAGACGCUCUGUGGUGAUACGUUCUUAUCCCCAAGGGCCACAUGAUGUGUGUGCAACUUUUUUCUAAGUUAUCAAACAUCAAAAAAUUUUAUUAACACUGAAUACUGUGCUUGAAACAAGUAUUUUACCAUUAUAUCUAUGAGCUGAUUUAUCAUUAACAGCCUUUGUUGUUUUCUCUCAUAGCUGGUCUUACGGUGUCCUCUUGUGGGAAAUGGCAACAUUAGGUAAUGAAUAUUUCAGUAUCUAUUUACUCAUUACAACUGCUUUCUGUGAAUUAGCCUGCGUGUCGACAGGCGUUCGAUAGGGAAAGGAAAAGGGGAAUAAUUUUCUCGUUCCAAAUUCUCCGUUAACUUACUUUUCAUCUUUUUAUGAAUAACUGUUUUUGUUUUUCUUCUGUGAAAUUUAGGAGGAGUGCCAUAUCCCACACUGACCAACACAGAGCUGUAUCGGCUGCUCACCUCCGGUUAUCGUAUGGAGAAGCCUGACAUGUGCUCCGAUGAAGUGUAA